UGCUGGUUGUUUGCUAAACACAGCUACAUUACGCGUAUUUUAACAAACAUAGUGACUGCCAUGAAAUACACGAAGUUUGUCACGAUUUUCCUUCUAAACAUUUUACUAUGCGCAUUUCAAUCUCAAGCCGAAGUUCAAGAAAGAUUUGAUAGGCUGGAGAGAGAUGCUCUUGAUAAUAACGCCUUUCCAAGUGACUUUCUAUUCGGAGUUUCGAUAUCUGCGCCUCAAUACGAGGGUGCAUGGAAUGUGAGCGGCAGAGGAGAGUCUGUGUGGGAUCAUAUGUGCCACAUGAAUUCGAAGAUAGUAAAGGAUGGGAGUAACAUAGACGUGGCGAAUGACUUUUAUAACAAAUACAAAGAGGAUAUACGUUUAGCGAAAAGCAUAGGUACUCAAAUGUUUAAGCUCUCCUUCUCGUGGUCGAGAAUUUUACCCAAAGGUUUUAUAAAUUUUAUCAAUAAAGACGGUGUGCAAUUUUAUAUGAACGUGCUCGACGAAAUAUUAGCAAAUAAAAUGACUCCUAUGGUUACAUUAUUCCAAUGGGACCUGCCAUAUAAUAUGCAGGAAAUGGGUGGUUUAACCAAUCCUCUGUUUGUUAACUGGUUCGAGCAGUAUGCCAGAUUUGUAUUCUCCACUUUUGGCCACAAGGUGAAAUUUUGGAUGACUAUCAAUGAGCCGAAUUCGCUUUGCUACGGCGGUUAUAGCUAUGAAUUCAUUCCGCUUCUGAACUUAUCAGGAAUCACAGAUUACUUAUGUGGCCAUCAUGCCCUACUCGCUCAUGCAAACGUAUAUCACUUGUACGAUCGUGAAUUUCGACCCAGUCAAAACGGUAAAGUGGGAUACAAUAUAAACGUCCAGUUACCCGUACCUCUAGACCCUACUUCGCAGGAUGAUAUAAACUCCACAGAAGAUGAUUACCAUUGGUCCAUCAACGGACUUCUCCAUCCGAUCUUUAGCAACGCCGGCGAUUAUCCGCGCAUCAUGAAGGAACGGAUAGCUAAUUACAGCAGUGUUCAAGGAUUUGCCACUUCGCGUCUACCAAGCUUCACGAACGAACAAAUCAACGACAUACGCGGCUCGGCUGAUUUUCUUGGGUUAAGUUAUUAUACUUAUGAUCUGAUAAAAGCGCAAGUCGGCAAGUUCGUAGAGAUGUAUGAUGAAGAUGUGGGCGCGGCUGCACCGAAUGGAUUCCAGUAUAAGGAUGCACCGCAGAUAUUCUCUAAAGGAAUACAACGAAUAAACAAUGACUAUCACCCCACGAUCUACAUUACUGAGAACGGCUUCCCCGAUGCUCCUUUGGAGGACAAAGCUAAGAUAACGUACCUACGAGGGCAUCUUGCGGAAGUGUUAAAAGCUAUUAAAAACGGCGUCGACAUUCGGGCUUACCUAGUGUGGUCGCUAUUGGACACCUUCCAGUGGCAACAUGGUUAUCGGCCAAAAUUCGGACUUUUUCAAGUUAAUUUCAACGAUUCGAAUCUUAUUAGGACUCCAAGAUUGUCAGCUAGAUACAUUGCUCAAGUUUAUAAAACACGACAUUUGAUAGAUAUGUCGGCUUUAAACGAUCUUCCCUCAUUGAGUACAACUGCAUAA